CAAAAUCGUGAAGGGAAAACUGGUCCAAGUUGGAGAUUGCGAGAAAAACGAUGGAUCUGAUAAAUGUGGCGUUUUCUACGGUUCCAAGUGCUACCGAGCAGUCGUGUAUGGUAUAAAUAACGUAACCUUCAACAUAGCUAAAUCCAUUUGCGGACAAAUGAACAACGGACAACCGGCGAAUAUUUACGACCCUGCUCAAUAUCAGUUGUUGAUUUCCUAUUUGCGUUCAAUGAUUCUUGCUGGCCAGUCAUCUACUAUCGUCUGGACAGGAAUGAAGUAUAAGUUUCAGAACAAUCAGCUAUGGUUGUCCAAUGGACGAACAAUCACCAUAGAAACGGAAGCUUGGACGUCCUCUUUUCCGACAUCUUAUCCAUCAUGGGAAAACAUUGGUAUCAUUGUCAAUAGAAAUCCAGAGAAAGUACUUCAGGGAGUGUACAAUAACCCUCCAACCUCGUUUUUGUCCGGUGUCAUCUGUGAAAUAUGAAACCAGCUUAUAACUUGACAGUAAUUUCAAGGACUUUAAUUUCAAUGCACUUUCUCUUUCUUUUUCGAUGUACAUAAAGUCCCUUUAUAAUUUUAAUUUUGUUAUCGAUAAAUUCCCCUUGCAACUUUGAAAAAUUAUCAUGGACAUCUAUACAUAUAAAGGUGUCCGGGUGUAAUGUAACAGGAUUUCAG